UAAUAAUAAUAAUGAAAAAGAGAGUCCCUCGUCUCCUUCUUUCUUUCUUUCUGUCUGUCUUUCUCUGUGCGGAAAAUGGAAUUAGGUGCAGGAAUUUUCUGGCAUCGCCAGCAUAUUCUUAACAGAAUACAGAAACAUCAAUUCUUGUAGCACACGCCGGUUCAAUUUCUCCACCUUUGUGAAAGCCCUUUCUUUUAUCCAUUUCAAGGCUUUUACGGAAGGUGGGGAGGUCUUUGACUUUCAUAAUUUGGAUGGUAAGAGGGUGUUGUUGGCUGUGGACGCUACCAAAGGCCAAGUCUUCUUCUUUGAUUUCAUAAAGCAUUUCUCUUCUUCAAACUCUUCAUGUCUGUUGGAAUCUUCCUUCACUGAAUGGAGCUGGAUCUUUCAUACAAGAUCAGCAGCUCCCCUUUGCCUCGUUUUCUCUGGUUUGAAUGGUUCCUCAUUUUUACUGUUCACAAGUUUGGUUUUUUAUAAUUCAAAACUCUCCAAACUCUGUUGUCUUUGAUUGAUGGGUCUGAGGAAAACUGGUCUCUUUAGCGUUGAGCCUUCUUCAAAGAUAGUUUUGAUUUGUGCCUGCAAGGUGUUCUAGAGUUUGUCUCUUAGGGGGGGGAUCUUUGGGGUUAUAAGAUGGAUGAAGAUAGCAGCAGCUCUUGGAUAAGGAGGGCUAAGUUCUCUCACACAGUUUGUCACCGAUUGGAGUAUUCCAGAUUGGGCUCUUUUCCUAACAGCAUUCAGCGGCAGCAGAACUCAGGGACUCUGAAAUCAAGGCCCGCAGCAGCACAACCAGCGCCAGCGCCGGCGCCGGCUGCGGCACCUGCAGUUCCUUAUAAUCCAAACUCUGUAUCUAACGUGUCACAGGUUCAGAGAAAUCCAAUAACGAAUAGGCAGAGAUCUUUGUCCCCUUUGCCGGUAACUCUUCUCUCCGAUGCGUUUAAGGAAGCCCAGCAUGAGCAGAAGAGGUUCUCAACUCCAACCACUCCUCGGAGGAAAGACCAGGAGAAGAGAAUUAUGGGGAAGUUAAUGAACCAGCACACUAAGGACUGUAGAGAAACCAAGGCGUUGUCGAAUUCAAAAUCGCCUCAAGGUAGUCCAAUUGGGCAACUUGCAUCAAUGAAAUUGGGAGAGAAGUCAAAGCACCGCAAGGAAUCUGCGUGGACGAAAUACUUUGACCAUGGUGGAGGAAGGGUCACUGCUGUGGAAACAGCUGAAGAGUGGACUGUGGACCUCUCUAAGCUGUUCCUUGGUGUCAGAUUCGCUUAUGGGGCUCACAGUCGACUUUACCAUGGUAUGUAUAACGAAGAGCCUGUUGCUGUGAAGAUUAUCCGCGUGCCAGAUGACGACGAAAAUGGAAACAUGGCUUAUCGGUUGGAGAAUCAGUUCAUUAGAGAGGUCUCGCUUUUGUCUCGCCUCCACCAUCAGAAUGUUAUAAAGUUUGUAGCAGCGUGCAGAAAACCACCUGUUUAUUGUGUUAUCACUGAAUAUCUAGCAGAAGGUUCCUUAAGAGCAUAUUUGCAUAAAUUGGAGAAAAAGACUAUUUCUAUGCAGAAACUAAUUGCUUUUGCUCUGGAUAUUGCGCGCGGGAUGGAAUAUAUACACUCUCAAGGUGUCAUUCAUAGAGACCUUAAACCAGAGAAUGUCCUUAUUAGCGAAGACUUUCACCUUAAAAUUGCUGAUUUUGGGAUUGCUUGUGAGGAAGCAUAUUGCGACUUAUUAGCUGAUGACCCUGGUACGUACCGCUGGAUGGCACCUGAGAUGAUCAAACGUAAAUCCUAUGGGAGAAAGGUUGAUGUAUAUAGUUUUGGGCUUAUCCUGUGGGAAAUGGUAACCGGAACAAUACCAUAUGAGGAUAUGACUCCCAUCCAGGCUGCUUUUGCAGUGGUAAAUAAGAAUUCAAGGCCUGUUAUUCCUUCCAAUUGCCCACCUGCAAUGCGCGCUUUAAUCGAGCAAUGUUGGUCCGUGCAUCCAGAAAAGAGGCCUGAGUUCUGGCAGGUUGUUAAGGUGUUAGAACAAUUCGAAUCAUCACUUGCAUUGGACGGAACCUUGACUCUGCUGCAAAACCCUUUGUACCAGGAUCAUAAGAAAGGGCUUCUUCAUUGGAUUCAAAAGCUUAGUCCUUCUCAUCCAAAUAGCGGUCCAGCACUUAAACCUAGAUUCUCAUGAAUCUUCUGAGUAGCCUGGCUUUUGUAGUAGUGAUAGCACCCCAGGUCCAUUGUAAUUAAAAAAUGGUAAGUUUGGAGUGUAAAAAAGGACAAGAAGAAAAAGGAGAAAAGAGACUAAAUCCCCAUUUUGGUCCCUGACAUUCACGCGAUUACUCAUUUUGGUCCCCGAAAUUUAAAAUUACCUAUACUGGUCUUCCAGAUUCAAGUUUUGGCACCAAUAUGGUCCCUCAACUCUUUCCGGUGAUGAUUAGGCAAAUGGAGUGCUGAGAUGACACCUUUCCUGUCACGUUGGACGCUAUAACGGCUAAUUAAUGUGGCGAGGGUUGUAUUUGUAUCCAAUUUAGUCCCCCUUAUUAAAACUUUGUCAUUAUAACUCAGAUAAAUAAUAAGAUAAUUAGGGUUUCAUGGACUAAAUUGGAUACAAAUACAACCCUCGCCACAUUAACUAGUCGUUACAGCGUUCAACGUGACAGGAAGGGUGUCAUCUCAGCAUUCCAUUUGCCUAAUCAUCAUCGGAAAGAGUCGAGGGACCAUAUUGGUGCCAAAACUUGAAUCUGGAGGACCAGUAUAGGUAAUUUUGAAUUUCGGGGACCAAAAUGAGUAAUCGCGUGAAUCUCAGGGACCAAAAUGGGAAUUUAGUCGAGAAAAGAAAAGAAAGUUUUUUAUUACUUUUUUUAAAUGCUCUGGUUGUAGUAAUCUUUAUGAAAUUCUUAUGGAGGGUAAAUUGAUUUGUGUACAUUGAGGCGAAAGCGUGUUUAUUUGCCCUAUUGUGCAUACACACUAAUUAUAUUGAAGCUAUGGCAAUGGGUUAGGAGCAGUCUUUCUUCUUGACCACAGUUUCCUGUUUUUGUUUGUUGUUAAUACAGUUAUAAAAUACUCAUAUUUCUUUUGUUUCUUUAUA